AUGGACGAAAGCGUGGAGUUAGUUGUCUGGCGGUCGGAAACAUUAAAAGACCGAGAAUUAAGUGAAAUCUUUUUCUCUUUUUCUUUCUCUUUUUCCUUCAUUUUUAUUCUUGUGUCUGUCCUUUUUAUUUCUUCUUUUCUCAUUUCUUCGUUUUCUUUGUUUGUUUAUCUUCUUUCCUUCAAUUUUGUCUUUCUUAUUUUUCUAUUUCCAUCGCUUCUUUUUUAUCAUUUUCUUCGGCCAUUUUUCUUUUCCUCGUUUCUUUUCGUUUUUCUUUUGUGUUUUUCUUUCCUUGUUUUUCUGUUGUUUCUCUUCCUUCAUUAUUCUGAUUUUCUUUUUUUCUUUUUCUUCCUCUUUUUCGUUUUCCCUUUCACCCUUUCUAGUUUGAUUUCUUUUUCUUCCCCUUUCUUCCUUCGUCUUAUACUAUUUUCUAUUUCAUUUUUAUCUUUUUCUUCCUUUCGUUCUUUUUUAUGA